CUCGUCGAAUACUCGUCGAAUUUCAACCUCUGUCGCGCAUGCCGUCCGGAAAAUCUCUGACCAAGACUAAUUUUCGUUUGAGAAUAUCACGUGAAAAUGCCCAGAUUCCCUUUUUUGCGUUCCUGGCAGGAUUUUGCAGCAACAACCUUCCUGGCAGCAGCAAUUCCCAUUACAUUUUGGUUUGAAAUCUUCAUCGUACUCCCGGAGGUAUUCCCAUGGGGGACAUUCCUCAAUAGCCUGCACUUCCUCGCUGGGCUAUUCCUCCUGUACAACAUUCUUGGCAAUUGGUUGGCCGUCAUGCUGACCGACACGAGUAUCCGGGGACAAAUUAUCCAACCCCCAAGUGAUCCCAAUGUGGCCAGAGAGAAGAAUUGGAAGCUCUGCAGUGUCUGCGAGUGCUGGCAACCACCACGAAGUUGGCACUGCAAAACAUGCAAUGUUUGCAUCAUUAAACGUGAUCAUCACUGCCUCCUGACCAGCUGCUGCAUUGGCCAUCGGAAUCACCGGUACUUCAUGCUCCUGCUCUUUCAUCUCUUCCUCGCCACCGGCUACUCAGCCAUCUACAACACGUACUUCAUUUGGUUCCUGCACGGCCCUGAAUUCACCACAUGGUUCUCCUUUGUGCAGAUUGUUUUCCCCCUGGCGUGGCUCCUCGUGGACACAUCCACUAAGCAAUACUACCUCGUAAUCUACGUCAUUGGGCUCCUAGGGGCGCUCUUUGUGGGUGUCCUGCUGUACUACCACACGCGCAUCGUGCUUCAGGGUGCCAUUGUGGCGGAGCACGAGAAGAAGGUGCGGAAGUACGAUAUGGGCAGGGAGAGGAACAUUGAGAAUGUCCUCGGGACACGUUGGCGCCUUGUGUGGCUGUCUCCGUCAAUUCAGAGCCCCCUCCAGCAUGACGGGGUCAACUGGGAAGUUAUCCAAGAGGGCAAGGACAAGUAAAACCUCCGUAAACAAGUCAGUAUUUUUUUUUAUUUUAGUGCAAUUAAUUUUUUGUUCUGGGACGUGUGAUCUCACCAAUAAAGUGUGUCUGUGUAUCUUGAAA